GUGACGACGAGGUCGACGAGGACGACGACGACGACGGCGGCGGAGGUAACGAUAUGGAGGAGAGCCAGCUGUUGAUGACGGAACUCCCGGUGCCGUUGACACCGAGUGGCGGCACGACGCUGCUGCACCGCCCGGGCCACUUCUAUCACCUGCAUCAGCCGCACCUGGCGAUCCCGACGCCGCAGAGCCAGGGAAUCCUGCAGCACAACUCGGGCGGCACGACGGCGCGGCAUUACGGCACCGACGGGAACGCGGGCAGCGGCGGUCUGCGGGACCUGCCCGCGGCCUACACGAUCGGCCCGGGCGGUGGCAUCUCGUCCCGACAUCAGCUGCACCCGCAUCAGGUGCAUCAACGCGGCAAGGCGGCGACGCACGGCCAGGCGGCCGCCAGCACCCACGUGUCCUGCCUGUAUCCGGAGAUUCUCGCGCUGAUCUUCAGUUACCUGGAUGUGUGCGACAAGGGUAGGGCUGCGCAGGUGUGCACCGCGUGGCGGGACGCCGCGUAUUACCGCUCGGUCUGGCGAGGGGUCGUGGCGAGGCUGCACCUGAAGAAACAAUCCCCGGCGUUGUUCGCCAGCCUGGUGCGACGCGGCGUCAAAAGGGUGCAGGUGCUGUCUUCGCGACGCGGUAUCAACGACGUGCUCAAGGGCGUGCCGAAUCUCGAGGCGCUCAACCUGUCCGGUUGCUACAACAUCACCGAUGCCGGACUCACGAACGCCUUCGGUCAGGAGUACCCGUCCCUAUCCGAGCUCAAUCUCUCGCUCUGCAAACAGGUGUCGGACACGUCGAUCAGCAGGAUAGCGCAAUACCUGAAGAAUCUUGAGAAUUUGGAGCUCGGCGGUUGCUCCAACAUCACCAAUACCGGCCUGUUGCUGAUCGCGUGGGGCCUCAAGAAACUCAAGCGGCUGGAUCUGCGAAGCUGCUGGCACGUGUCCGACCUGGGUAUUGCGCAUCUGGCCGGGCUGAAUCGUGAGACCGCGGAUGGUAACCUCGCGUUGGAGCAACUCAGUCUUCAGGACUGCCAGCGACUGAGCGACGAGGCGCUCAGGCACAUCUCGAUCGGUCUCACCACUCUUAAAUCCAUCAACCUGUCCUUCUGCGUCUGCAUCACCGACUCCGGCGUCAAGCACCUGGCCAGGAUGCCGAGUCUGCGCGAACUGAACCUCCGCUCGUGUGACAAUAUCUCUGACAUCGGGAUGGCGUAUCUCGCCGAGGGCAGCAGUCGCAUCACCUCGCUCGAUGUGUCGUUCUGCGACAAGAUCGGCGAUCAGGCGUUGGUGCACAUCUCCCAGGGUCUGUUCAACCUCAGGACUCUGUCCCUGUCCGCCUGCCAGAUCAGCGACGAGGGUAUCUGCAAGAUCGCCAAGACUCUCCACGACCUCGAAACCCUCAACAUCGGCCAGUGCAGCCGGGUUACCGAUCGCGGCCUCUACUUCAUCGCCGACAGCAUGAAGAACCUCCAGUACAUCGACCUGUACGGUUGCACCAAGAUUACCACCAGCGGCCUGGGUCGGAUCAUGGACCUGCCACGGCUCAAUAAGUUGAACCUGGGUCUGUGGCACAUGGCCACAGUGCGGUGAUGGCUUUUUCCGUGCCAAGGUGCUCGGGAUCAACGCCGUCAACGUCAUCAUCAUAAUCAUCAUUAUUAUCAUCAUCAUCAUCGUUACCAAGGCGACAGCGACCUCUCGUGGCGACUAAAGGGCAACCUCGUUUUCGCGCACACGUUCCUGCCGCAGGCGGUAAGUCUCUUGCUGUCACUCCGGACACUUCGAAAGCGUCUUCUUUGGAGCGUCUUCUUCGACAUCCGCAACGUCGACGUCCACGGAUAAUAGCGUUAGCUCGUUUCGAGGUUCACGAAGAGAGGAAAGCAAAGGCUCUAGGUUCCUCAAGAUCCAAGUAGCAAACUGACGUCAUGAAACGUCAGAAUGACACCACUUUAACGUCUAAUGACGUCAGAAUGGCGUCACGUUAACGUCUAAUGA